AUGGCCGCCGGCGGUCGCGGAACCCACGACGACGACGACGACGCGAUCAUGGCCGACGCGGGAGACGGCGCGCCGCCUUCAACGGCCGAUGCGGCACAGGACACCACGCAGCCGCAACAACAGAGCGAAGGCGCGCGACAAGGCUCAGCGCCCACGCAGCAAGAGGGCGACGACGCAUCAGCCGCGACGCAACGGCACCAGGCCGAAGGACCAUCACAGCCACAGCAACAACAAGAGCAACAGCCAGACUCGCCGCCGCUGCCCGCGCGGCACGCCCCCGUGGCGCCCGGCCCGCGCGCCUCGCGCCUGGGCGACAUCUACGCGCAGGCGCUCGACCACACGCUGCGCCGGCUCGCCGCCUGGGACAGCUUCGCGGGCUGCUACCCGACGGUGGCGGCGCGGGCCGAGCCCGUGCUGCGCCAGGUGCAGGGCCAGAUGGUGGACAAGAUGCGCGAGAAGUGCGAGAAGGAAUUCGACAACAUCCUCGCCGCGAGGCACGUCGUCCCCCGCCUCAACGAGCUCGAGAGCCUCAUCGCCGACGCCUCCUCGCGCCGCGCCUCGUCCUCCCGCAACGACCCCCAGCCCACCCCGCCUCACCUCCUCCCCCCCGACGCCAUCCUCUCCGCGCACCUCUCCCCCGCCCUCGCCCCGCACCAGUCCCUCCUCAACGCCCGGCUGCAGACGUCGCAGGCCCGCAACGCCCUCCUCGCCGACGAGGUCCGCCGCCAGCGCGCAGAGGUCGAGGCCCUGCUCGCCCGCCUCGAGGCCGCCGUCGACGACGUCCACGGCGCCAACACCGCCCUCGGCGCCGUCGCGGAGGAGCUCGCCGCCGAGUCGAGGUCCGCCAACGUUUGA